AUGCGAAAAGACGUUGUGUUUAAUAUGUUUACAAAUAAAGUAAAAUUUGUGAAACCGCUUUAUAAAAGAGACAGACAUAUUAAUGAAGAUAAAACUAAAAUAUUGGCAAUAAAAUUUGAUAGUUCGAUUAAUCUACGUGGCGAUGAUAUUUAUGUUGACAGAAAUCUAAAUGCCGAAAGUGAAAUAAAUGCAACUACAAUAAAUAAAUCUUUUAAAAAUAAAAAUCAGGGAAUCGCAUUGCCCGGUGUUUGUGAGUCUGGGUUCGGCAAUGUAAAAGGUUUGAAAUUAAAUAAAUUUAAUGGUAAUGUGAAUAAUAAAAAAAGUUUACAAGGUGUCAAUCGUUCUGUGUUUGAAGUUGCAAAUAAGCGUAAAUAUAACAAAAUGAUAGAAAAUGAAAGUGACCAUCAUACAGAUGGAAACACUUUAAAAAAAAUAAAACAGUUGGAUGUUAAUAGUAAACCGAUUGUUUUGCACAAGUUUUCAGAUACAUGGUUAAGAGUUUACCCAGCUCCAGUUAAACAAGGUGAAAGCUCGUGUUCUGUUGCAAUUAGAUGCGUUUUUUGUCAGCUAGGAUUGACCGCUAUACUAGUAAUUUGGAAUAUCAUUUGGGUCUUUAUAAUAAAUUCUUUUGAAGGACCGCAAGAAGUUAAGGUGGCUUUAGAAUUUGACAAAGAACAAAAUCAACUUAUUAUCGAUCUGGCAACAGAACUGCGACAGAUACAACCUCUAUCAUCAAAAUGGCGCGAGGCAAUAGAAAAACGUAUAGAAGAUGAGAGGCGACUUACAAUGCAAGCCGUUGGUGAGGGAGCUAAACCAAACCCAGGAUUAUUUUGGAACUUAUCUGGAACUUUUCUGUUUUCUGUUUACGUCAUGACUGCUUUAGGUUUUGGCGCACCUGUACCUCAUACGAUUUGCGGUAGAAUUUCAGCUUUAGUCUACGCAAUUCUGGCUGUUCCAACACAUAUCUAUCUAAUGUGGAAUGUAAGCACAUGUAUUGUAGUAAGUAUAGAACAACAUACCAAAAAAAUGAAGAGAAUUUAUUGUGCCCAAAAGAAAACGACAGGAGGGAAAUUGGAUUUAGGAAGCAUUAACGGUAACGGGAGAUUUUGUCGGAUAUCCUACACACAUUUUUAUUCAAUUAUAAUGUUUGAAUCAAGCGUUUGUAUUAAUAAAUCAGUCAAAUAA